AUGGGAUGCAGAUCCCAGAAACUGCAGCUGGGCCCCAGCAAAGAAUCCCAUGACAUAGGGGAUAUGCUGCAGUGCCACACAGCCUCCAAAAUGGCGGCCAGGCUGGAAAAUGGGGCGAACAGACCAGAACCCUCAGCAGAACCGACUACACCUGGAGACACACUCACCUCUACAACACUCCUAGAGGCAAUGGCAGACCAAGAUCCACUAGCCCCUGCUACUAAACAGGAUAUUGCCAACCUCUUAUGGGAGGUCAGGCAGAUGUUGGUGGCCGACUUGCACGUAGUCCGUAACGAGGUGCAGGUGGUGAGUGCACGCACGCAGGCUAAAGAGGCUGUGGUCCAAGAGCUCAAGCAAGAGAUGCAAGAGGUGAAAAACCAGAUGCACAGCCUAACACACUCCCACACCUCCCUGACACAGAGAGUUGAUCUCUCUGAAGACUGCAAGAGACAUGCCAAUAUUAAACUUCGAGGUAUCCCGGACACAAUAGACCAGGCUGUACUGCCACAUUAUUUAAGACAGACUCACUCCUACCUCAUUCUCAGGCCAAAAAAAUUCAGCUAG